AUGCCACUGUCAACCCUCACAACUUCCAUCCAGUAUUCACCCAGGAACAAAAAGCUUGAUGCCAACAUCCAAGCUGCCCUUCUGAAUGAUCCGAUCUCAGCUGCUCAACUUCUGGCACCCACUGACCCCACGUUCACCCUGUCCCCCGAUGGCCUACUACUACUCAAUGACCACAUCUUCAUUCCGGACAAUAACAACCUACGGAUCCGUGUUUUGCAAACCAAGCACAAUCAUCCGUUAGCCAGUCACUUCAGCCAGAACAAGACUCUCAAGUUGGUCCGACAAGAGUACGCAUGGCCUGCUGCGCUGCCACAAACCUUACAGGCUCCUCAAGCAGCUUCCGGUGAUAAGGCUGCCCACGGCUAG